GCAUGGUUACGCAGCUGGCUUAAUGCCAGCUCGGGAAGCUCGGUCUAUCCUCCGUGUGCUUUCCCGUUAGCAUCCGCGAAUGCGUGAUAAAUAUAAACGUGACGAAGUGGACUUCAGAAGCGUAAGGAUCACUACAUUCCGCAGCUAUGGCUUCACGCGAUGGCUGGGGCUUCUCAAUUCUUAUUCGCACAAGCCAAUGCUUUACCCAUACCCGAUUUCCUCAUCACCAGUACUAUCUGCUCAUAUACAAUACAUAUCGUCAUUGUGGUCUCAACCUAGGUGACCUGGGCAGAGAAUCUCAAGAAACUUAUCACCAAGCUGAAUGGCUCCCGCAGCUGAGUCUGGUGGUGAGGAUCUAGCACAACUAUUACAAUUAUGCAAGGAGCUUGACACGCAGCCACCUCCGCUGCGGGACUCCCACGCGCAUGCCUUCUUCUCGGGCUUCCCGCUGGAGCGGCUCUUCAGGGCCCUGGCCUCCGCUGGCGACAAGGACGCUGUGGCCCUGGUGUCAGACGUGCUGGCGCGGCUGCUGGCCACGGAUCUAGGGCAGACGCUGCUGCCUGGCUCAGCGCCCUACCUCGCAGCAGCCGCCGACGCGCCCCUGCCCGCGCUGCGGCGCCUGGCGGCCGAGCAGUACGGCAACCUGCUCAUCUCCCGUACAGCCGCCCGUACGACACGUCAGCAGGGCACGGCAGCAGUUGGCGGCGACGGUGAUGACGAGCUGGCGUCCGCGUCACUGGGCCAGCUCGUCCACAUCCUAACCGACGACCCUGACACAACGGUUGCGGCGGCGGCCGCCGCCGCCAUCCGGGGUUACGUAAUCGCCGGCGGCCUGGCGGCGCUGCGGCGGGUGCUGGCGGCGGGCUCGCCGGCGGCGGCGGCGCUGGCGGCGGCGGCGGAGCGGGACCGUGGCGGCACGGUGCGGCUGCGGGUGCUGGAGCUGGCUCUGGAGCUCGCGGCGGCGGGUGGGGACGCCGGCAGCGGCAGCAGGCUGGCGAAUGGCGUGUCCAACAGCAGCAGUGGCGCUCACGGCGGCACUGCCAGCGCAAGCGGCAGUAGCAGUAGCAGUGCAGAUGAGCGGCUGCAGUUGCUGCGCGGCUCGGGUCUGCUACAGCCGUUGCUGCGCACGCUGUCAGACGGCGGCGCCGACCCCCUGGCCUGCCUGGCCUCGCUACAGCUCCUGGAGGAGCUGAUGGCAGCUAGCGACCCGGAUUCAGAUCCAGCCACCGCGGGCAGUAGCAGGGCCGGACAGGGGGUGGCUGUAGCACUGGCGGGCCUGGCGCUGCCGCAGCUGCUACAGCUGCUGUCAGACCCCAUGCUCAGCGAUGCGGCGAUGCCGCUGGUGGCCGGGAUCGUGCGGCGCAGCCUGCCGGAGGCGCUGCCGCCUGCUACAGCCGCAGCCAUCGCCUCCGCCUCCGCGGACACGGCUACAGCCGCCGGUAAUGGCAACGGCAACGGCGCUGCCGAGCCCAUGCAGGUCGACGGCGGGGCCUCAAGCACAGCAGCAGCAGUAGCGGCGGCGGCUGUAGCGGUGGAGGGUCCGGCACUGCAGGCGGCACCGGCGCUGCUGGCGGCUGUGCGGGGGGUGCUGGAUGAUGCGGGUGAUGCCAGCGCGGCGGCGGAGGCGUGUGGGCUGGACGCACUGGGGCGGCUGGCGCAGUCGCGGGCGGGGGCGCAGCUGGUGCUGGCGGAUGUGGCAGUGGCGCGGGCCCUGUGCAGCCGGGCCCUGGGCCGCAGCCCCCACCCGGAGGUGCGCAUGGCCGCGCUUCACGCCCUGGCGGCGGCCGCGGGGCUGGAGCGGGCGGGGGCGGACCGGGCGCGGGCGGCGGCGGUGCUGCCGGCGCAGUAUGAGGAGACGCUGCGGCGCUGCGUGUACGAGGCGUGCGGCGGCCCCAGCGCCGCUGCCGGCCCCAGCCCCGCUGCUGCUCCUCUGAAGCGGCCGGGGGAGGUGGUGCUGGCGCUGCUGGCUCAGCCGUUUGUGGAGCUGCGGCUGGCGGCGUACAGGUGUGUGGCGGCGCUGGCGCUGCGCAGUUGGUUCGCGGUGGAGCUGCUCACCUCGCCGGACCUGGCGGCGCGACUGAUGGACGCGGGCAGCGAGAGCGGCGCCGCGGCGUGCAACUGGCGUCACGCCGCAGUGGCCGCCCUGUGGGCCACUGUGUCAGCGGCGGCACGCGGCGAGGUGGCGGGGGCGGGGGAGGAAGCCUUCGCCGCCACACUCGCCGCACCCACAACCGUGGACCGGGUACGGCAAGCCGUGCGGGCGGGGCCGUACGGCACAGACGGCGGCGGCGGCGCGGGCGGCGGGGCGGCGGCGGAGGCGGCGCGGCGCAUGCAUGAGCAGCACAGUGUGGCGACCCGGGGCGGCGGUGGCGGGGCUUGAGCGAGGGUGACGUGGGCGUGGUCAAGGCACGCGUGUGCGGUACAGUUUUUGUGUUUGUGUUUGCGAUCAUGGAUGUGCGUGUAGGGCGUGUAUGGAGGGAGUGCAUGGAUGAAGAGUUGACGGCGCUGUGUGCAUGGAGGUGUGCCGUGUGUGUGGGAAGGAAUGCACCAAGCAUGCAUGCUGCUUCCGUGAUGCAGGCACGAGUUAUGUUACGAUUGAGUUGCUGAGUGUUUUGGAAUGCUGGGUGUCCUGGAUCAAUGAAUGUGCGUGUGCGGGUGUGGCGAGCGUGUGCAGUCAGGCAUGAAUCAGGCGCACAUCGAUCUGUGCAACCCAUUGUGCUGGCGCAGAUGGAAGGUACAAGCAUUUGACCUGUAACUGUGCUGUGGAGAGGCAAGCAAUUUAUUUCGCUGCUCCCCUGCUGAUCAGCAUAGGCUGCCCGAGGGCCUACCGGUAGGCAACAACUAUCAGGAGUGAUUGAGUGCAGAUUGCUGCGGAGAUUCGCGGUGCAUGUCUCUCACGUGGGACUCG